AUGUGUAUAUUUACCACUAAUAUAAUCUAUCUAUCUAUCUAUCUAUCUAUCUAUCUAUCUAUCUAUCUAUCUAUCUAUCUAUCUAUCUAUCUAUAUAUAGACUAUAAAAGAGACUAUCCUAUUGUUGGCGACGCAUACAACGUGUAUUCUUUGACGCCCACCUUAUCUUUCUCUCUUUUUCUUCCUCUAUCUUUACCCGGUUUUUUUUCUUCUUUAAGAUUUUAUCUUAAUAAAUCUUCUUUUGAGCGAUCACUCCGUUUACGUACUGCUUUCCUUGUGAUCGCAAUGGAAGAUGAAAAGAAAAAUGGCGAUCUUUCUUUCCUUACGAAAAAAAGAAAAAAAAAGAUUGAAGCUAUGUGCUAUUUUCCUCUCUUUGCUCGCUACGUUUUCUCCAUAUUUCUUCCCCUAUUUUUUCUUCUCCUCUCUCCCUCCCUCCCUCCCUCCACCUUUUUAUCUCCCUCUCCCACGCAAACCUGUUUUUCUCUGUCUUUCGCUCCUUUGCUCCCUCUUUCCCGAUUUUUCUAUUCUCCACCACUCUCUCUUUCUCUCUUACUCAUGCACACAUACACACAAAGGUUCAUUUUUUUUUUCGCAUUUCCGCCUAUAAACGCGUUUUUCUCUCUUUCACAUCUCUCCCCAGAUUUUUAUCAUUUUCUCUCCAUUUAUAUUUUCUUCCUUCCUUCCCUCUCUCUCUCUCUCUUCCAUAUUUUCUAUUUCCCCUCUCUCUAUCGCACUCAAACACGCUCUGUUCAUAUCUAUCUAUCGAUCUAUCUCAGGCUGCCUAACAAUCUAUUUUACUUUUCUCCUAUCCUAUCUAUCUAUCUAUCUAUCUAUCUAUCUAUCUAUCUAUCUAUCUAUCUAUCUAUCUAUCUAUCUCAGUCUGUUCAUAUCUAUCUAUUGGUCUAUAUAUUUUACGUUUCUCAUAUCUAUCUAUCUAUCUAUCUAUCUAUCUAUCUAUAA